AUGGGCUUCAUGAUCUACGGCCUGGAAGCAGCAUGGAUAUCUCCCACAACGAAGAAACUACAAGCUAUAGACUCACCUCUAGGAGCCCCAGUAUCAAACCAGGAAAUAUCAUUAUUGGCUAGCAUCAGCUGCUUCUCUUCAGCUCUUUUCGUGCCAAUACAUUCCUUAUUAGCAGAUAGAUUUGGUAGAAAAUGGAUAGUCUUCUCCAUUACCAUUCCAACCAUUCUAUCGAUCGUUAUCCGAAUCAUGAUACCAAAUUUAACAGCUCUUGCGAUAGCAAGAGUGGCGGCUGGAAUAUCUGCUUCUGGUAUUUUCGCUGUCACGCCAGUCUACAUUCGCGAAAUGAGUCAGGAUAAUCUUAUAGGCAUCCUAGGGUCCCUAUCGGUCCUGAUGCAGAACCUAGGUUUCCUGGCAAUGUACUUGAUUGGCGCAUACUUCGAUUACUUCACAGUGCUGUGGAUAUACUUAGCGUUUCCUUUAGCUAUGGGAGUGUUAAUAUUGAAGGCCCCUGAAUCUCCUGCCUUUUUAGUUAAACGUGGAAAAAUAGAUGAAGCCUACAGGGCUAUUGCCUUUCUCAGAGGUCGGAAAACAGACGAUAAAGAAGUUAAAACUGAAAUAGAGUACAUGCAAAAUCAAGAAGAGACGUUUAGCAAUCUGCCCAAGGUUGACUUGAAAGCAAUAUCUUCUACAACAUCCAGGACGGAAAUGGAAUGUGAAUUCCCCCCUAAAAUGGAGGAAGAUCUGACCCACGUGAGACGAAAACGUCUCACCACCGAAAUGGGACUCGUAUGUCUAGAAGAUUACCCCUACACUGUAUCGAUCAGGUUACACGGUAAACAUUGGUGCGGGGGUGCUAUAGUCGGCAAGCAAUGGGUGCUCACCGCAGCGCAAUGUUUCGAUUAUGUAUCGAAAGAAGAAGUAUCCGUGCGUAUGGGAUCCGUUUUCCGCGACUUUGGCGGCCGGAUCCUGGCUGUCACUGACAUAAGACGGCAUCCAGAUUAUAGAACCGAUCAGUACUAUCCUGAACAUAAUCUGGCGAUGAUCAAGAUGAAUAUCCCAAUUAUGUUAAGUAGCAGAGUACAGGUUGUGUCUGUAGCGACUACUGGGUCUGACCUUCCAUCCCUAUUUGGGGAAACAAUCGUCACUGGCUUUGGAUCCGUGGUGACAGGACAAAUCCGCGAAGGCGAAAACCAAGAGCUACGCCGCAUGAUUGUGAAGGAAAUGUCGCGGGCUGACUGCAGGAGGAUGUAUGGAAACGACUAUAGAUUGCAGCACGACCACAUGUGCUUGCAGAGUGUAAUGAAGGGGGUCGCUUUGUGCGCGGGUGACACGGGAGACCCUGCUGUUCAUUUCAGCGGCCUCAACCGAGCGGGCACGUUACAUGGUAUCGCUCUUUUCUCUGGUACUGAAGAAUGUGCAUUAAAAUCUAAACCAGGCGUUUAUGCGAAGGUUGCCUACAGUAAAGCGUGGAUCGACAAAAUACUGAAUAAUCAAGAUGUAAAUGAAAGUGCAGAUAGCGGUGAUAAUACUAUACCAAUUGAUAUAUAAUAAUGUUAAAAAUA